GAGGGAAUUUUUCUCAGCAGUGAAGUCAGCCAGUGUUCAGUGGAAGUUUGGUCAUGUCUGGAGUGCUGGGUGUUCGACUGCUGCUGCUGUGGGUCUGCGCCUGCCUCUGGCUGCCCAGCCUGGCCCGAGGGGCUCUGGUCAUCUCCGGGGGCCAUGAAGCGCCACAGGAGACAAGAGGAGCUGCCAGAUCACUGCAGAAAAGGAGUGCAAAUGAGGGCAAGGUGGAGGUGCACAGUGUGACAGUGGACUGCAAGGUGACGUCUCGUUUCGCCCACACCGUCAUGACCUCCAGGGCUCUGAACAAAGCCAACUCCUCCCAGGAAAUCUUCUUCGAAGUGGAGCUGCCCAAGACCGCCUUCAUCACCAACUUCAGCAUGGAAAUUGAAGGUCAGGUGUAUGUUGGAGAGGUGAAGGAGAAAGAGAAAGCUAAGAAACAGUAUGAAAAAGCUGUUUCCUCUGGACAGACUGCUGGACUGGUCAAGGUGUCUGGGAGAAAGAUGGAGAAGUUUUCAGUGUCUGUCAACGUUGCGGCCAAAAGUAAUGUGACGUUUGUUCUGACCUACGAGGAGCUCCUUCAGAGGAAGCUGGGCCAAUAUGAGAUUUUAACCCGAGUUAAACCCAAAACACCGGUCAAUGAGUUUCAGAUUGUGGCAGACAUCUAUGAGCCUCAGGGCAUUGCUUUUAUUGAUGUCCAUGCAACCUUCCUCUCCAAUGACUUGCUCCCCCUGGUGGAGAAAACUGUCACAGAGAAAAAGGCACACAUCUCUUUCUCACCAACUAUGGAGCAGCAGAGGACGUGUCCAAGUUGUGAUGGAACACUCAUUGAUGGAGAUUUUAUCAUCAAGUAUGACGUAAACCGAGCAAAGAACCUCGGGGACAUUCAGAUUGUAAAUGGAUACUUUGUGCACUUCUUCGCUCCCCCUGACCUGCCCAGAGUCCCAAAGAAUGUGGUGUUUGUGAUUGACAGGAGCGGAUCAAUGAGUGGAAAAAAGAUUGCACAGACGCGAGAGGCACUGCUGGAGAUCCUCAAAGACCUCCAUGAGGAGGACUUCUUUGCCCUCAUCGAGUUCGAUCACAUGGUCAGUCCUUGGAGACAAUCACUUAGCAAAGCAACCAAGGACAAUGUGGCUGAAGCCAUGAAGCACGUGCACAAGCUGCGGGAUAUGGGAGCCACCAAUAUCAAUGAUGCCGUGUUGAGAGCUGUGAGCAUGCUGGUCAAAGACAGGCAGGCGAAGAGACUCCCUGACAGAAGUGUUGAUAUGAUUAUUUUACUGACUGAUGGAAUGCCAAAUUCUGGAGAGUCUAACCUUGGCAAGAUCCAGGAGAAUGUACAAUCAGCUAUUGGAGGAAACAUGUCUCUGUUCUGUCUUGGAUUUGGAAAUGAUGUGGAUUACUCCUUCCUGGAUGUGAUGAGCAAACAAAACAAGGGACUGGCCCGCAGAAUUUAUGAAGCUUCAGAUGCGACAAUGCAACUCCAGGGUUUCUAUGAGGAAGUGUCCAGCCCUCUGCUCUCGGAGGUGGAUCUGCGUUAUCCUGACAAUGCAGUGGAAUUCUUGACCACCAACCACUUCAGCCAGUUGUUUAACGGCUCAGAGAUCGUUGUGGCCGGUCGGCUGACAGACAACGACCUGGACAACCUCUUGGUGGAGGUCUUCGGCCAAGGGUUUGAGGAUGACUUCAAAGUGCAGGGCCAGGCCAGUGCCUCGAACUGGGAUGUUAUCUACCCAGAUGAGGAGUACAUCUUCGGGGAUUUCACAGAGCGUCUGUGGGCCUAUCUCACCAUCCAGCAGCUCCUGGAGAAGAGCAAGAGUGGUAGCCCAGACGAGAAAGUCAAUGCCACAGCCAAGGCGCUGGAGAUGUCUCUGCAAUACAGCUUUGUCACCCCUCUCACCUCCAUGGUGGUCACAAAGCCUGAAACUGAGGACGGAACAGAUAGCCCUCUCAUUGCUGACAAGCUGACUGAGGAGCAAAGACAACAGGCAGAAAGAGGACAAGCACAUCAAUUAGCAAGCCCUGCGCUGUACACACGAACACAUGCUUACCAGUCACCACCCACAUAUUUUGUGGAUGGAGAUCCUCACUUCAUGAUAGAGCUGCCAGACAGAGGCGAUGCUCUGUGCUUCAACAUCAAUGACAAACCAGGAACCAUUUUCACUCUGGUCAGAGACCCAGAAUCAGGUAUUUUGGUCAACGGCCAGAUAAUUGGAGACAAGAAAAUUCCCCCUGAUGGUAAAAUUAAUACCUACUUCUGGCGGUUUGGCAUCAUCCACCAGACUCUGGGGGUGAGGCUGGAGGUGAGCACUCGUGAAAUCUCAGUGUUCCAGGAUGGCAAACGGGUCAAGCUGCUGUGGUCUGAUACAGCCUCUCUCAAAGGACCCAAUGUGGAUCUUCUUGUGACCAAGGAUCGCAGCCUUACAGUAACUCUAAAAGAUUCAGUCAAGUUUGUGAUUCUGCUACACAAAGUGUGGGAGAAGCAUCCGUACCACCGGGACUACUUGGGUUUCUACACCCUGGACAGCCACCUCCUCUCCCCUUCUGUUCACGGCCUACUGGGUCAGUUCUACCAUGGGAUUGAAUAUGAGGUAACGGACCUGCGUCCAGGAGAAGUCCCAGAGAAACCAGACGCCACCAUGUAUGUCAAAGGACAAGAACUCAAUGUGACCAGAGGCUGGCAGAGAGACUUCAGGAGGGAUGUGAAGAACGGAGAAAAUGUUCCCUGCUGGUUCAUUCAUAGUAACGGAACAGGCCUCAUCGAUGGAGAUGAAACAGACUACAUUGUGUCAGGACUUUUUAAAACAGUUUAAAAAAGAGGUUACACAUCAACGUCCACCACAGAAAUCAGCAAAAUCAUACGUACUUACACCAUAAAUAAUCUAACAUCAUAUACCCAAAGGCAAACAGGCUUCAUUAUGAGUGUAUUUGCUGGAAUUAUGAAAAUUGGAAAUAACACUCACCCAGACAGACUUAGACUUUUUUUUUUUUUUUUUUUUUUGAAUAAAUGGGACAUGGUUGAUUCAAGCAAGAUUUACUCAUUUUGUGUCAGUUUUCCAUUGUUUCAAACAUUGUUUAGUAAGACAGUAAAGACAGUUUAUUUAGUGUUUAUCACAUCUUUACUUUAGUUAUUCCUCUGUUUCCUCUAAAGACAUGUUUGACUUUGAAAGUUUGCUCAUUUCAAGCCAUUGUAUGAUGACACCUGACACAUCCUGCUUUUAAGAUCCUAGUUUAGGUGUUUCUAAUUGUCAGGAGCUGACAGGAUGCAAAAGCAGGAAACCCAACUGUUUCCAAGCAGUGCAACUCUGAUGAAACAGUCUGUAACAGUUCAUGUAGAAUUUCUAAACAACAUGAUACCUAAUAAAUUUUAUCUUGGUGGUGA